UGUGGGGCGGCGAUGGCGGCGCCUGAGGCGCGGGAGGCCGCCGUGUGAGGCGAAGGAGGAGCGGCGGCGGCGGCGGCCCGCAGGGUCCCUCGGGGUCCGGUGUCCCUGAGAUGGAAGACAACGGCGACGAGGCCUCGCUUCACCGGCUGGAGGGCGUCGACGUGGAGACUCAAGUCGGAGGCCUCAUCUGCAAGACCAAAAGCGCGGCCAGCGAGCAGCACGUUUUCAAAGCCCCGGCACCGCGGCCCUCCCUGCUGGGGCUGGACCUGCUGGCUUCGCUGAAACGGAGGGAACGGGAAGAGAAAGACGACGGGGAAGACAAGAAGAAGUCUAAAGUCUCUUCCUACAAGGACUGGGAGGAGAACAAGGAUGACCAGAGAGAUUCGGAAGACGAGGGGGAUGACAGAACUGGGCGAAGCGGUAGGAAAGACAGGCAGUACCGGGCUGCCCGGGUAGAGACUCCAUCCCACCCUGGCGGGGUGAGCGAAGAAUUCUGGGAGCGCAGCCGACAGAGAGAGCGGGAUAGGCGGGAGCACGGAGUGUACGCCUCUUCCAAAGAAGAAAAGGACCGGAAAAAGGAGCGAAGUCGGGAUCGAGACCAUGAUCGGAAGAGGGACCGAGAUGAGCGCGACCGGAGUCGGCACGGCGGCAGGUCGGAGCGCGAUGGCGCUUCCGAGCGGAGCAGCAGGAGGAGUGAACCGGAGAGCCCUCGGCACCGACCCAAAGAUGCGGCCACCCCCUCCCGCUCCAACUGGGAGGAGGACGACAGCGGCUACAGCAGCUCUCGACGCUCACAGUGGGAAUCGCCGUCCCCGACGCCCUCCUCCCGGGAUUCCGAGAGGAGCCACCGCACUUCCUCGACCCGCGACCGAGACAGGUCGGUGAGGAGCAAGUACGUCGAUGAUACCCCUCUACCCACCCCAUCUUACAAAUUCAACGAGUGGGCCGAUGACCGGAGGCAUCUGGGAUCCACUCCUCGACUGUCCAGGGGCCGAGGGAGGCGAGAAGAUGGAGAGGGCGGGAUCGCCUUCGACACGGAGGAGGAGCGGCAACAGUGGGAGGACGAUCAGAGGCAAGCCGACCGGGACUGGUACAUGAUGGACGAGGGGUACGACGAAUUCCACAACCCCCUCGCCUACUCCUCGGAGGACUACGUGAAGAAACGAGAGCAGCACCUGCACAAGCAGAAGCAGAAGCGCAUCUCCGCUCAGCGGAGACAGAUCAACGAGGACAACGAGCGCUGGGAGACCAACCGGAUGCUGACCAGCGGCGUGGUCCAUCGGCUAGAGGUGGACGAAGACUUCGAGGAGGAUAACGCGGCCAAGGUGCAUUUGCUGGUGCACAAUCUGGUGCCCCCGUUCCUGGACGGACGGAUCGUCUUCACCAAGCAGCCGGAGCCGGUCGUUCCGGUCAAGGAUGCCACGUCGGACUUGGCCAUCAUCGCUCGGAAAGGCAGCCAGACGGUGCGCAAGCACAGGGAGCAAAAGGAGCGGAAAAAGGCUCAACACAAGCACUGGGAGCUGGCUGGGACCAAACUGGGAGACAUUAUGGGCCUCAAGAAAGAGGAAGAACCGGACAAACCCUUGACCGAAGAUGGCAAAGUGGAUUACAAGACCGAGCAGAAGUUUGCGGACCACAUGAAGAAGAAGAGCGAAGCCAGCAGUGAAUUUGCCAAGAAGAAGUCGAUCUUGGAGCAGAGACAGUACCUGCCUAUCUUCGCCGUUCAACAGGAGCUCCUCACCAUCAUCAGGGACAACAGCAUCGUGAUCGUGGUGGGGGAGACGGGGAGCGGCAAGACCACUCAGCUGACCCAGUACCUGCACGAGGACGGCUACACGGACUACGGCCUGAUCGGCUGCACCCAGCCCCGGCGCGUGGCCGCCAUGUCGGUGGCCAAGCGAGUCAGCGAAGAGAUGGGAGGAAGCCUGGGGGAGGAGGUGGGCUACGCCAUCCGUUUCGAAGACUGCACCUCAGAAAACACAGUGAUCAAGUACAUGACCGACGGGAUCUUGCUCCGGGAGUCCCUGCGGGAAGCCGACCUGGAUCACUACAGCGCCAUCAUCAUGGACGAAGCCCACGAGCGUUCGCUCAACACGGAUGUGCUCUUCGGGCUCCUCCGGGAGGUGGUGGCUCGGCGCUCGGACCUGAAGCUCAUCGUCACCUCGGCCACCAUGGAUGCCGAGAAGUUCGCCUCCUUCUUCGGGAACGUUCCCAUCUUCCACAUCCCCGGCCGCACCUUCCCCGUCGACAUCCUCUUCAGCAAGACCCCCCAGGAGGACUACGUCGAGGCCGCGGUGAAGCAGUCCUUACAGGUGCACCUGUCCGGAGCCCCGGGAGACAUCCUCAUUUUCAUGCCCGGCCAGGAGGACAUCGAGGUGACCUCGGAUCAGAUCGUGGAGCAUCUGGAGGAGCUGGAGAACGCCCCCGCCCUGGCCGUGCUGCCCAUCUACUCCCAGUUGCCCUCCGACCUUCAGGCCAAAAUCUUCCAGAAGGCUCCGGACGGCGUCAGGAAGUGCAUCGUUGCCACCAACAUUGCCGAGACCUCGCUGACUGUGGACGGCAUCAUGUUUGUCAUCGAUUCGGGUUACUGCAAGCUUAAGGUCUUCAAUCCCAGGAUCGGGAUGGACGCCCUGCAGAUCUACCCGAUCAGCCAGGCCAACGCCAACCAGCGGUCGGGGCGAGCCGGCAGGACGGGCCCAGGUCAGUGCUUCAGGCUGUACACCCAGAGCGCCUACAAGAACGAGCUCCUGACCACGACGGUGCCCGAGAUCCAGCGGACGAACCUGGCCAACGUGGUGCUGCUGCUCAAGUCCCUCGGGGUCCAGGACCUGCUGCAGUUCCACUUCAUGGACCCGCCCCCCGAGGACAACAUGCUCAACUCUAUGUACCAGCUUUGGAUCCUCGGGGCCAUGGAUAAUACAGGCGGGCUGACCUCCACGGGCCGGCUGAUGGUGGAGUUCCCCCUGGACCCCGCCCUCUCCAAGAUGCUGAUCGUGUCGUGCGACAUGGGCUGCAGCUCGGAGAUCUUGCUCAUCGUCUCCGUGCUCUCCGUCCCGGCCAUCUUCUACAGGCCUAAGGGCCGAGAGGAGGAGAGCGAUCAGAUCCGAGAGAAAUUUGCCGUCCCCGAAAGCGACCACCUGACCUAUCUGAACGUGUACCUGCAGUGGAAGAAGAACAGCUACUCCACCCUGUGGUGCAACGAUCACUUCAUCCAUGCCAAGGCCAUGCGGAAGGUGCGGGAGGUGCGGGCCCAACUGAAGGACAUCAUGGUGCAGCAGCGGAUGAGCAUGGCGUCGUGUGGCACGGACUGGGACGUCGUCAGGAAGUGCAUCUGCGCCGCUUAUUUCCACCAGGCGGCCAAGCUGAAGGGGAUCGGGGAGUACGUGAACAUCCGGACGGGGAUGCCCUGCCACCUGCACCCGACCAGUUCCCUCUUCGGAAUGGGCUACACGCCGGACUACAUCGUGUACCACGAGUUGGUCAUGACCACCAAGGAGUACAUGCAGUGCGUGACGGCUGUGGACGGAGAGUGGCUGGCCGAGCUCGGACCCAUGUUCUACAGCAUCAAGCACGCGGGGAAGUCACGCCAGGAGAAUCGCCGGCGGGCCAAAGAGGAGGCUUCUGCCAUGGAGGAGGAGAUGGCUCUGGCGGAGGAGCAGCUGCGCGCCCGCCGGCAGGAGCAGGAGAAGCGGAACCCUCUGGGGAGCGUGAGGUCCGUGAAGAUCUACACCCCUGGCCGGAAGGAGCAAGGGGAGCCCGUGACUCCCCGCCGGACCCCAGCCCGCUUUGGUCUGUAGGGGGGCGUCCGCCCCCCCCCCCCCCCGCCGAGGGAGAGGAGCGCGGAGCCGGGCCGCCGGGCCCCGCCGGGAGCCUCCGGCCGGCGCUCGCCGGACGUCUUCCGUCCCCGGAUCCUAGCGGGAGGCGCUCCGGCCGAGGCCCCUCUCCCCCCCACCCCGGACUGUGCCGGCCGCGGCCGGCUCCCGGCGCCCCGGGAGCCCCCCCCGGCCCGGGGCGCUUCGGGGACGGGCCUUCUCUCCGGCCCGACGGGGGACUGACCCGCCGCCAGAGCCACCGGGCGGCACGAGGACCGGCCCGGGCCCGGCAGGCCGACCCCGGGCGGUCCGGCGUAGAAACGUCACCGCGCCGUGCCCGCCGUGGCUCGUUUUUUAAUCCUCGCGCAGAGCGGUAGAAUGGACGGGGCGGGGGCGGGCGGGACCGUAACCUGCUCGCAACCCACAGCUUUACAAAUGACUUUAUUGUUUGUAAAAACCUUACCGCAU